ACACUGAGCAGCAACUGCUGCGUUAGUUAGUUCAAGGUGCAGGGAGCUAGCGGUUUGCGGAGGGGCUGAGUGGGUUGGGUUGCAGAGUGGAAAAUUUUCCAUCCCUGGAAAUAAACACACGGUUUAUUUCAGGUGGGGGGGGGAUAGGAGGACUUGUGGUAUCCGGUUAGGGACAGGGGAGAAAUAAAUCAGACCCAUCGUUUUUUUUCCUAGGGUGCCCCAAGCCGAGCGUCGCGGACGAUCGCGGGGUUUGUUGUAUUCGGACUCGCCCCCCAAUCUGCUCGUUCUCCUGUCCGCAGGGGGUGAGAAUGAUACAGAAUGAGCCAGAGAGAUACCCUGGUGCAUCUGUUUGCUGGAGGGUGUGGGGGCACAGUCGGUGCCAUCCUCACGUGUCCACUGGAAGUAGUGAAAACAAGGCUGCAGUCUUCCUCCGUGACUCUCUACAUCUCUGAAGUCCAGCUCAGCACGGUCAAUGGAGCCAGUGUCAACCGAGUGGCCCGCGUCUCUCCUGGACCUCUUCACUGCCUCAAGUUAAUACUGGAAAAAGAAGGCCCUCGUUCUCUGUUCAGGGGUUUAGGACCUAAUCUGGUUGGCGUGGCUCCUUCCAGAGCUAUAUACUUUGCUGCUUACUCAAAUGCAAAAGAGAAAUUGAAUGGUAUUUUGGAGCCAGAUUCAACCCAGGUGCACAUGAUUUCAGCUGGACUAGCAGGGUUUACAGCAAUUACAGCAACCAAUCCCAUCUGGCUUAUAAAGACUCGCUUACAGCUGGAUGCAAGAAACCGGGGUGAAAGAAGAAUGAGUGCAUUUGAAUGUAUCAGAAAAGUCUAUCAGUCAGAUGGGAUCAGAGGUUUUUACAGGGGCAUGUCCGCUUCCUAUGCAGGAAUCUCCGAGACUGUCAUUCACUUUGUAAUUUAUGAAAGUAUUAAACGUAAAUUACUGCAAUGUAAGACUGCUUCUAAUAUGGACGAUGAGGAUGAAUCUGUGAAGGAUGCAUCUGAUUUUGUUGGACUGAUGUUGGCAGCAGCCACCUCAAAAACGUGUGCCACCUCCAUAGCAUAUCCACAUGAAGUAAUACGUACCAGACUACGAGAGGAGGGAACCAAGUACAGAUCUUUCUUCCAGACUUUAUCAAUGGUUAUGCGAGAAGAAGGAUAUAGAGCGCUUUAUCGUGGACUCACCACACAUUUGGUCAGACAGAUUCCAAACACAGCUAUUAUGAUGUCAACCUAUGAGCUUGUCGUUUACCUGCUGAAUGGAUAAGAACCAACAAGAGACCAAGAGAAAAGUUUGGAGACCAAAGGAAAAAGAGAGGACCAGGAAUCGCCUAAUCCUAUUUGGUGUCAGGCAAGAAUGGCAGGCUGGAAACUGGAAGUAAGGCUUAUUAGCAGGAAGAGUAUUAGACCAGUCCUGUGAAACCAUGUCUUUCUCUCUGCCAAGGAGCUACUUCAGUAAAGCUUGUAUAAAGAGGAAUGGUUGAAACAAAAGAAUAAAAUCACAUUUCCUAUUACAUACAUUUCCUAAUACAUUUCCUUCUUCAUAUAAAUGUGUGUAGGUAGUGGUCCCCUCCCUCUUCUGAAAGAGUGUGGUGAAACUUCAGUUGGAUAUGAUGUGCUGCUGGGCAGUGGGAUUGAUUCACAAAUGAUCAUUUUUAAUACACAUUUUAAACCUAAUAUUUUGUGGAUCUGGGCUUGGUGUUGGUUUAAAGUUACCCUGAACAUCCUUACACACCUGCGAUUUCUGGUAGCAGAUUUUUGUACAGUCUUAAGUGGGGAGAUGAGAAAUUUGAAUUUAGCAGCACCUGUUCAGAAGUUGGGAGGCACAAGUAGUGUUGGAUGUUUAAAUGUACAAGACAGAAGGGAGGUUGCUUGUGUAUUUGUGGUAUUUGAUUUUGACACUGUGGAGCAAAGCUGAUAAUUCAGAAAUUAUAACUCAGUUGUCUGUAAUGUUUGGAAAUAAACUUCGUUUCUUAGUACCAUCAAAAGACAUGGUAGGUUUUUACACUAUGAAUACUUGACUACGAUAUACCACAUUUUAAAUGCAGUCACACCAACUGUUUGUCACACAUGUGUCACAAAUUAAAGCAAAGCAUCAUAUUUACAAUUGGGCUUAUGCAUAUGAUGGAUAAUGUGAUUUUAAAGUGUUUGUUUCAAGCAUUUCUUGUUAAGGCUGUAUUAUCCAUUUUAGUAAGCAAUAUAGCUUGCACCCUAAGCUUUGAAAAGGUUUAGUACUUUCUGUGGCUUGCAAACUCAAGGAACUCACAUUGAGUUUUCAUCAUAACAUUUGACAUCACUUUAUGUUAACAUUAAUGUUCCACUCGGUAAAAGUGGUGAUGACAUAAAUCUCUUUAUUUUUAAGGUUAGAAUACUGGAUUCAGAAUAAGCCUUAAAUGAUUUUGCUGCCAGUAAAAUGGCGUAUUUGUUAAUGCUGUGUAUGUUCUAGUGCAUCAAGAUUCCAAUGCAGUGCAUUUGUCAUUGACAAACUGGUACUUGAAAUCCAUGUGAUUAGUUUCUGAAGUGUUACUUUUUAAAAUUUAUAUAAAUGACUAAAAAGGUUAACUAAAGUGAAUACUGUAUACUGGAUGCAUAGGUAGGUUACAGUAUCAUGGAAAGGCCCUAAGUAUAUUAAGGUUUUAUUUGAUAAUGUACAUAACUGUAAUUCUUUCAAUUCACUAAUAAGAUUUUAAAAUAUUUUAAGAUAGAAGUUCAACCUUUUACUCUUACCAAACCGAAAGUCACAGUUUCUGGCAGUACUUGAGAUCAUGGAGGUUUUCACAUACCUUCAACUCUACAUAGAACUGGGAAAAUGGUAGGAAAUAUGUUUUUUUUCCAAUUUUCCGUGAUGAUAAUGAAGUCUGAUGCUCUUAGGCACUAAUUUACUGCUCUCUAGCUUUGAACUAACAACAGUUGUCCAUCUUGGUUACUUGAAUGUAAGGUUUGAUGAAGUUCAGCGGUGAUGUUAAUGCAAAGCAAGCCCAUCAGCAAACUAAAAGUACUAAAAAAUACAUAUAAUCCUGUUAUUUAAGGUUAUUUGUUUUCUGUUAAAAGAACUUAAACAUUUAUCCAUCUUUAAAGAAUGACCAUGUUCAUGUGAAUGGUGAAAUCAGUCUAUAGAUGCCAACACACUGGGAAGUACACACUGUAUGAGUUGCGCAGCUAGAGUUCUUCCCCCUUGGUAAAUUGUGACCUUGCAAUUUAUGCAGUGGCUCCAGAUUGGUUUCUUAUGCACUUUUUGGCCUUUUUUGGCUUGAUGAUUUCUUUUGUUUUUUUUUAAGUCAUUUAUUAUCAAGGAAAGUGUUAAGCAGUGCGAAAUCCUGCUCAAUGAUUCCUUUGAAGAUAUUGUACAGUUCAGUUUACUGAUUAGUGCAGGAUAUGUAAAAGUGUCAUUUGGUUAGAUUUGCUGAUCCGUACAUUUUACAGUAGCUUGCAGUUAUUAAAUCCUUAAAAAACAUGCUGUUGUUUAAUAUUUAAGAUGCGUUUAAAACUGUUGCAAUAUGGCAUAGAAUUUUGCAUUUCUGUUUCUGCUGCUUUCCUCUCCCUUUUGAUUGUCACUUUUGAUUUAAUGACAUGCUGACUUUGGACACCUACUUGAUCAGCUGGUUUGAGUUCUGAUUUCUUGACCACCUGUUUGUGUCAUAUCUGUUUUCCUAUGAUAUUCAGCGUUCCUCUCCUUUCUGGAUGUUAUAUUUGCAUUCACAUCUCCUUUUCAUGGAAAUAACCCUCCAUGUUUAGCGUAAUUGUACAUAUAGGUUUCCAAUUUGCCUAGAUAAGAAUUGCAGUUCUGCUUUUGUCACUACAAUGUAUCCACUUCAGAAACUCCCUGGAUUAUCCUGGUAGACCUAAUUUUGCAAUAAGAGGUUGUAAAAACCAAAGGAAAUUGGUAAUUUUGAAUGUAUGUUCUCCUUAAAGGAUUGUUGAGCUCUGUAUUGUGAAGCUGUAUUAAGAUUCAGGUUUCUUGAGUGGCUUAACCUCUUGCCCAGGUGUCCAGGUUGAGCGCUCUAGUCCAAGGGUCAUGGGUUCGAGCCUGGGCCAUGUCGCCAGUCGACUGUGACCGCGGCACACGAUGGCUACCAAGACCAUGGUGGGAUCAGUAAGGCAGGAAGUGCUUCUCGAAGUCGGUCCUGAAAGUCUAGAACGGGGCUGCGUAACCUAUUAAAAGGCAAGUGUCUCAGACAUGGGUGGACUGAAGAAAUCUGCCACCACUACAUCAUUUCCCCCAUGUGAGGCUGUGGGGUUUGUAACCUUGAGCAGAGAUGAAAGAAUCCCAAUUGGCAAACCCAUUCCAGAAACUAGUUCUACUUUACUGUUUAGAAAUAGUAUUGAAGAUCCUGUACUGUUUGUUUGCUUUAUCAUGUUUCACAGUGGUUGAGUGUCCUCCUCUCAUUGGUUAGAUUUCCUUUUUUUUGUUUUACCAAGCAAGCAAUGUUAAAACUUGACGCCCGGACUGGAUGUCUUCGAGCCACUCGAGUCCGAGGCCUCUCUAGUGACGUGACUUGGAGCAUAGCAUUGAACUCCCACAUGUAAUAACGCCAACAGCACAGGAUCUUUAUCUAAAGACACGUUCUUGGAAGUUUUGUGAUGCGGUACUGACUGACCCUUUAAUAAUGUAGGAGGAAGUCAUUUUCAAGAAGCCAAAACAAUAUUGAAAACACAAUAAUGUUUUGUGCGGAUUGAUGUCUGCCAUGGUUUACAACAUCUUUUUUGAAUUAUUGGGACUUUUUCCUUUCUUUGGCUCUUCUGCUUUCAUUUUCGAAUGAUGAAAGCACUUCUGAGUUACUGAUGCUCUGUUCAGGACCCUAUGGCUUAAAACAAGGCAUUGAGUGAAUCAUCUCCGAUGUGCUUUUUUGGAAUUUCCACCUUUUUCUGAAAUGUCUUUACAUUUUCUCGGUGACUUUGAUGGGAAGAAUUUUAAAUAAGCAAUGAGGACAUGACCAUGUUAAGAAAUCAGUAUAAUCUAGGAAAGGCCUAUACAAAUGUUUUAGUGUCGCGUUUCUUAGUUACUGCAGAACGGACUCAUUCAGCCAGAAAUGAUGGUCUAUACUUUCUUUUGGCAUCUGUGGUCUCUCAGAUGUUUUUAGCAUUCUAUUUCUGUUCUGUAAAAGUGAAAUAUACUCCAGAAUUAUAGAGGCAAAUGCAAAUAUGAUUUCAGACAGAUUGUGCUCAAUUCUUGUGCAGGCUUUUCUUUUUCUUACAGUUUUGGGAGGCUUCCAUGAAUUGUAUUAAGUAGUGAUUGCAUUUGUAACUCUGCCAUUCUAUAGCUAUUAGUUUACUCAAUGGUGAUAAUUUGUACAGUUGUAGAAUACAGCAGUAGGAUAAUUUAUGCAAGUGGGUCUUUUUACAUCAUUUUAGCCCUAAAUCCAGGACUGUGACUACUAAUUUUCUGAAACAGGUAACCAAUGCUGGAAGUAUGUACAGUAGAUAAUGGGAACUAAGCAUUUCUUGUGCAGUAUUGUCAAAACAAUAGUGGGUAGUAAGACUAAUUAAAACAAACAAUUCUAGUUGUAGUUUCAUCAGGCUCAAUAUUUAAAUCUUUUGCAGGCCUACAUUUGGUUACUCUCAUUGAUCUGUGAAGGACAAUUUAUUUGACCUAUAACUGAUGUUUUGCUGCUAAACAUGCUGAAGUACUACAAUUUACGAGCACAAAUGGGUGCAGAUGUAAGUCACAGGGUGCAUUAAAUUCCUUUGUUUAAUGGGGGAGGUACCUGACCUAUAAAGCAGGCUGUGAAAAGGCCUUAUAACAUAUGUGACAGUCCUGGAUCUCGCUGUGUGUUUUACCAUUGUUAAACUGGGUACUAGUCUGUUUUCUGUACUAUUUGUACUCUAUAAUAAUGUCUGGUUGGAAAAAGCCUCUUGUAUCCAGAAGGUGGUGCUACACUGCUUGUUGGAUAACACUACUAGAAAUUCCCUAGUCAGCCUGUGAUGCAUAUGUGUAAUUCUACCCUUAACAGUGUUUUUAUUUUUGUUUUGUUUUUGAGCCUGAAAAAAAGAGGUGGCUAAUUGGCCAAUUCAGUGCCCCACUAUGCAUUAUCAUACCUCCUUUUGUACAAAAAAUAAAAAAAUAAUGCAAACCAAUUGA